GGGGCGCGCCGGGGGCGGCGGGCGCCGGGGCGGGCGCCGGAGGAGGGCGGCCAUUGCUGGGCCGGCGGCGGCGGGACGCGGGGCCCAUGGCCAGGACCACCAGCCAGCUGUAUGACGCCGUUCCCAUCCAGCCCAGCGUGGUGCUAUGUUCCUGCCCAUCCCCAUCAAUGGUGAGGACCCACGCGGACUCCAGCACGGCCCCUGGCGUUCCCAGUGGCGGUAGCAGGCAGGGUCCCGCCAUGGACGGCACUGCCACCGAGUCCCGGCCAAGUGCCAGCUCGCUGCAACACGCCGCACAGCCACCGCCGCGGAAGAAACGGCCUGAGGACUUCAAGUUUGGGAAGAUUUUGGGAGAAGGCUCUUUCUCCACUGUCGUCCUGGCCCGAGAACUGGCAACCUCCAGAGAAUAUGCUAUUAAAAUCCUAGAGAAGCGGCACAUUAUCAAGGAGAACAAGGUCCCAUACGUGACCCGAGAGAGAGACGUGAUGUCGCGCCUGGAUCACCCCUUCUUUGUGAAGCUCUACUUCACGUUUCAGGAUGACGAGAAGCUGUAUUUUGGCCUUAGUUAUGCCAAAAAUGGAGAACUCCUUAAAUACAUUCGCAAAAUCGGCUCAUUUGAUGAGACAUGCACCCGCUUUUACACCGCCGAGCUGGUGUCUGCUCUCGAGUACCUGCAUGGCAAGGGCGUCAUUCACAGGGACCUGAAACCAGAGAACAUCUUGUUAAAUGAAGACAUGCACAUUCAGAUCACGGAUUUUGGAACAGCCAAGGUGCUGUCUCCCGAGAGCAAGCAAGCCAGAGCCAACUCCUUCGUGGGGACAGCACAGUACGUCUCUCCGGAGCUGCUCACCGAGAAGGCGGCCUGUAAAAGUUCUGACCUCUGGGCUCUCGGCUGCAUAAUCUACCAGCUGGUGGCUGGGCUGCCGCCGUUCCGGGCUGGAAAUGAGUAUCUUAUAUUUCAGAAGAUCAUAAAGUUAGAGUACGACUUUCCUGAAAAGUUCUUCCCUAAGGCGAGAGACCUUGUAGAGAAACUUCUGGUUCUGGACGCCACCAAGCGACUGGGCUGUGAGGAGCUGGGGGGGUACGGCCCUCUGAAAGCCCACCCGUUCUUCGAGUCCAUCACCUGGGAGAACCUCCAGCACCAGACGCCACCUAAGCUCACUGCCUACCUGCCGGCCAUGUCUGAGGAUGACGAAGACUGCUACGGAAACUACGACAACCUCCUGAGCCAGUUCGGCUGCAUGCAGGUCUCCUCGUCCGCAUCCUCCCACUCGCUGUCGGGGCUGGAUACGGGCCCCGCGCCGAGGGCCGGCAGCAGCAUUGAGCAGUACAUCCACGGCCUGGACGCCAACGCCUUCGAACUGGACUUGCAGUUUUCCCCGGAGGAGAAGCAGCUGCUGCUGGAGAAGCAGGCGGCCGGGAACCCCUGGCACCAAUUUGUAGAAAAUAAUUUAAUACUAAAGAUGGGUCCAGUAGACAAGCGAAAGGGCUUGUUUGCACGCCGGCGGCAGCUGCUGCUCACGGAAGGGCCGCACCUGUACUAUGUGGACCCAGUCAGCAAGGUCCUCAAGGGGGAGAUCCCGUGGUCGCAGGAGCUCCGGCCCGAGCCCAAGAACUUCAAGACCUUCUUCGUGCACACGCCCAACAGGACAUACUACCUGAUGGACCCAAGCGGCAACGCCCACAAAUGGUGCCGGAAGAUCCAGGAAGUGUGGCGGCAGCAGUACCAGAGCCCCCCAGAUGCUGCCGUGCAAUGACAGCGCCCCCGUGCCCCAAAGCCCCUGCCUCGCCGAUGGCAGACUGUGCAGCCUUUUUAAAAAAAAAAAAAGAAAGAAAAGGAAAGGACACGCCCUCUCCCCAAGGACACACCCGGACCACAGCCUUCAGGGCUGCUUGCUUGCUUGCUCCGUGCCGGGCGGGAACACAGCUGUCC